CCGGGCUCACACGGGAAUUACGGUCCCGGCGAAGGGGAAUGAAAGGCUGCAGCUCGUGGGCACAGCUGUUUCGCCUCAUUCCCUGGAAAAACACAACUCCUCCCCGCCCAGGAGAGCUGCCUGGCUCCUCUUUGCACAGGCAGGACCCAGAGCAUGGAGUGAUUUAGCAAUAGGAGUUUAUUGGAGUAACUCCUCUGGGGGGGUUCUGCCAUCAGGGCUGGCUGCUUUGCUGGGGGAAAAAAAAAAAAAAAACGGAAUUAGGGAUUGUUUCUGUUGAGCUGCGUGGCCUGGAAAGGCUUUGCUUGGGAGAAAUGCAAACAGGAGGCUGGAAUAAGGUUCUGGGAUGGGGCCUGGUGUCAGGUGGUCAGUGUGAAAUGUGGGGUGGGCAGAUAAUUCCCUUUGCUUCCAGGAAAAUGAAGUAGCUGUGAAGCUGGCAGUGCCUGGGAUGUCUUUAUUAGCUCCUUAAUUUCAUUGAAAUCCCACGUGGGGAAGGACUGGAAGGGGAAUCUGGUUCCUGACAGCUGAGAUCUGAUGGAGUUGUCUGCAGGGUGAGGGCAGGAGCUCAGCAGGGAACAGCCAGUCUGUUUUUUGUCUCUGUGGUAAUUAAUAGUAAUUAACUGAGUCAGCGCAGGCUGUUAAACUCUGCUUGUGUCCUGUCGAAGAGUUGCUGCCAUCCUGGGGGAUCUGGUUUGUCACCUGGGCUUGUGCUCUUGGCUCCUCUGGCUCUGGCAGGGUCCUCAGGGCAGCUCAGCCUUUGCAGCAUUCCUCUCUUUCUUGGUGUUCCUUCACUGCAGAGAGAACUGUCAGGUUAAAGGAUCCCAGAGGAUCAAAAUCCAAAGUCCUUUCCCUCACUUUGGACUGUUGUGCUUCUGGCAGCUCCCUGUUCCAUAUGGAGCAGAAACCUUGGUUCCAGCCUGGUGCUUCCAGAAGUAAAAACUGAAGGAGCGUGAGAAGCUGAAUGUUUGAGGUGUUUUUAAUAGAAAACACCAUUUAUUUUCCAGAGGAGCUGGACAAACAGGCUGGAGGGCUGGAGCAGGGCAGGGAGGGCAGCAGGGUCAUCCCAUGCCCUGGAGGGGUUGGCUAAAAGCUGAUGAAAGCUUCCAGAUUUGUGGGGUUUCUCCUUUCUUAGAUGUUCCCAUUGCUGAAACUAUUUGGCCACUCAUUUUUUCACCAUUUCCUUUGCCCAGAAUGGGGACUGUGGCUUUUCGUCAGAGAGGUUAAACCCAGUUUUGUUUCCUUGAAAUGUUUCUUGUGAGACAAACUGCAGUGUUAGGGUUAGGGUUAACCCCUUUGAAACCCAGCCUUCCUUUCUGCUCCUUCCACAGCAUCUCCUGUCCUUUCUCUCCAGAGACUGAUGGGAAUUCCUCAAAUCACAAUAGAUUUGAGGUUUCUGCUUUUCCCUCCAGCACUGUUCUCUCCUUCACCCUGUGGGUCCUGUGUCACUCACCAUGUGUGUUUAUGCACUGAGCAUUUAAUGUCUGCUCCCUCCUGCCCUUUCCCUUUCAAUUCUGAGGGAAAUUUUGUCUGGAAUUCUCUCAUUUCACUGCUGCCCAAGUGUCUGGACCACAUAAAGCAUAAAGGUAGCAGGAGGUGCAGGAAGAGGGUUUGCUGUUCAUGUAGCUCAUCCAGCUGUUAGCUCUGAUGAAACAACAAAAAUUAUAAAUCCUCCCUAAUCAUACAGAUUUUUGAGGGUUUAAUGCCUCUUAGUUUUAGUAUCUCUUUGAAAGAUUGAAUUUAAGGCUCUCACUGGGCUGCCUGUGGUGUUUUCUUCCAGGAACAGCAACAUGAGAUCUCCCUGAUUAGGUUUAAUGAUCUGGGUCACUUCCCAUUACCUGUGUUAAUUUCCUUCUCAGUUUUGAUAUUGGGAGAGAAGGAGAUAAAAGAAAUGUGUGUGGAAAGAUCAAACUAAGGCUGGAGCUGCCCCAGGCACAGGCCAUGUGCUGAUGGAUUUGUGGGGCUGUGUCCUGGUGGGGUUUAGGACAGAGUAUCACAUCCAAGUCACCUUGUCCCCUGUCUCCUGACCGCCAGGAUGUGGUGCCAGAGGCUGGCGUGGCUGCUCCGGGGGCGACACGGGAGCACCGGACAUCGCUGGCCGUGGCUGCCGCGGGGCCCCGAGCCCGUCCUGGCUGUCCCGGCACGCUGCCGCCCCACGGCCCCGGCAUCCCCCUGCUGUGCCUGGCAGCUGCACCGAGACCAUCUCGAGCUGAGGUACGGCAGCACCGUGAUGCGCCUGGAUUUCGUGUGGCUGCGCGACCACUGCCGCUCCGCCUCCUGCUACAACGCCAAGACCAACCAGCGCAGCCUGGACACGGCCAGCGUGGACCUGGCCAUCCAGCCCCAGGCUGUGCGCGUGGACGAGACCACGCUCUUCCUCACCUGGCCGGAUGGACACGUGACACGGUACGGGCUGGAGUGGCUGGCGAGGAACAGCUACGAGGGGCAGAAGCAGCAGGUCAUGCACCCCCGGAUCCUCUGGAAUGCUGAGAUCUACCAGCAAGCCCAGGUCCCCUCCAUCGACUGCCGGAGCUUCCUGGAGACAGACGAGGGCCUGAAGGAAUUCCUGCAGAGCUUCUUGUUGUACGGGAUUGCUUUUGUGGAGAAUGUCACUCCCACCAAAGAGGACACGGAAAUCUUGGCAAAGAGGAUCAGCAUAAUCAGGGAGACCAUUUAUGGCAGGAUGUGGUACUUCACCUCUGACUUCUCCCGGGGAGACACAGCCUACACCAAGCUGGCCCUGGACCGGCACACGGACACCACCUACUUCCAGGAGCCCUGCGGCAUCCAGGUGUUCCACUGCCUGAAGCACGAGGGCACGGGAGGGCGGACGCUGCUGGUGGACGGGUUCCACGCGGCCGAGCAGGUGCUGCGCCAGGCCCCGGAGCACUUCGAGCUGCUGGCCAAGGUGCCCCUCAAACACGAGUACGUGGAGAACGUGGGCGGCUGCCACAACCACAUGAUCGGAGUGGGGCCGGUGCUCAACGUCUACCCCUGGAACAACGAGCUUUACCUCAUCAGGUACAACAACUACGACCGUGCGGUGAUCAACACGGUGCCGCAUGACGUGGUGCGCCGCUGGUACCACGCGCACCGCGCCCUCACCGCCGAGCUGCGCCGGCCCGACAACGAGCUCUGGGUCAAGCUGAAGCCGGGCAAGGUCCUGUUUGUGGAUAACUGGCGUGUCCUGCAUGGCCGGGAGGCAUUCACCGGCUACCGGCAGCUCUGUGGGUGUUACCUGACGAGGGACGACGUGCUGAACACUGCCCGCCUGCUGGGGCUGCAGGCCUAGCCCACCCUCCAGAGAGCCAGGGAGCCCCCAGUCCCUCCUCUGGGAGAGGCAGGACCCUCCCAGUCCCACUGCCAGGAGAGGUGGGCAGCCCCCAGUCUCACCUCCAGGAGUGGCUGGCAGCCCCCAGUGCCACUUUUGGGAGAGGCAAGCAGCCCCUCAGUGCUACCCUGGGAGAGGCAGGAGCCCCCAGCCCCACUCCACACCAGGCCAGGUGGGCUGGUGCCUCCCCAGGUGCUCCGGGCCCUCUGUGCCAGUGCCUCACCACAGCAAAGACACUGCAAUACCUCAGGCACCUCCACCCUCUCCAAGCAGCUCCCAGGGCCUGCUCAGGCGAGGGGGCAGGUGGAAACCAAAGGUUGUGGUACCAUUUUUUGGGACCACACUCUGCCUUUGAGCACAGGCAGCUCUUGCUGUCCAUGCUCCCAGCCUGGUCCUCCCAGCCAGGGUGGCUCAGUCGUGGUUAAUCCCACCACAGUAAGUGUUCCUCCAAGCAAGUGCCUUCAGGAUUCCUUGUUUGGCCUUUUUUCAGCUGCCAAUUUCAGGGGACUUUCAGCAGAGCAGGAUGGAAGUCUCUGGGAUCUUGUCUCUUAUCACUGAUCAUGCAGCCAAGCUGCCUGAGAGAGGGCCUGGAGAGAUCCUGGUGUACUUUGAGCAUUUCAGAGAAGGUUUAGGUUAGAGAAGGGAAAGGGAAGCACCAAGAUCUGCAUGUUGGGAAGCAGAGAUGAUGAUGUUAGAUGAGGGAUGGAAUUCCCACUUUUCCUUGACUUCCAGUACUGCCAUGCUGCUGUUCCUUCUGCCUGUGGCACUGCACUUGUGUUGAGGGCAAUGCUCAGCAGGAUUCCUGACAUCCCCCCAGGAUUCCUGACAAACUUCCCACCGUGCCUCCUCUUCCAUCCUUUCUUAAGGAGUUGCUGUUAGGUCAUCAUCAUACUCUUGUGCAUGAAACUCACUCUUUGGGUGUAUUUUUUCCCAAAAUUCUCCUCCUCUGAAUGUAACUCAGAGGUGCCUUUGAGCUCCUGGGAGCUGGGAUCUGGCCUGCUGAAGUGCUACAGGAUAAGGAACAAAAGCAAAUCCUGCUGUUAGACAUUUUUCAUUCUGCCAUAUCUUUUGGGCUGUUCCCUCUGCUCUGACCAGACCUUGAAGCAGGGCUGGGCCCCUUCAGCCCUGGCUGUGCUGUGUGAGGUGCUCUGUGUCCUCAGGGCAGGGGCAGUGCAGGCCCUGAACUUGCUGCUCUUGUUUAAUCCAAACACUGAAUGUAGAGAUCGUGGUGCCAAGACACUCCUGAAAUCUGCUCUUGCUGUGGGCUGAGCUCCCUGAUGCUCCCAGUCCUGGUGUUCCCUCCCCAGUGUUUCCCAUCCCCAGUGAAGCCCCUGGGAGUCAGCAGGGCUCAAAGGGAUUUCUGAGCCCUGGUGGUGCCAGGGGAGCUGCCCUCUGUCAGGUAAAGCUCCAAUGGCAGCCUUGGAUCCUGGUAGGAGCCAAUUUUAAAACUCAGCAGGAAAAUCAAGCCCCCUUCAGCCAACCCCUUUCCAUAGUGGAAGAAAAACAUGAGGAGAGGUUCUGAGUUGAAGUCACAAGUUACUGAAGAAAUCGCAAUAAUCACAAUGAUAUUAAUAAAAGAUUGUACAAAAUGAGAA